AUGGUCGAAUUCAUGGCUGAAGUCGGACAAGAAUUACAUCUUACAGUCAAACCAUCUACACCAACAAGUGGAAAACGAAAAUCUUCUAGUCGGUUAAGUCUGUUUCAUUCAACUGCUAGGAAAUCACGAGCAUCUGCUGGUGAUUUAAAUUUACCCACCCCUAAUGGUGCUUUGACCUCGCUAACUGAUGGAUCUUCAGACUUACACGACACGCCGAUGCGUGCUAAACUCGAAAAAAGGCAGCAUCGUAUUUUCGAAUUUUUUGUGACAGAACGAAACUAUGUUGAGAUUCUACGUUAUUUGUGCUUGAGCGCUUAUCCACAAGUUAUCGACGAAAAUCAACCAGGUGGACCUGUUUUGCCGCGACAGGAAGCCGAUUUCGUGUUUGGCAAGCUUGGUGCUAUUUAUGAACUACAUGAUCGUUUACAACCUCAGUUUAAUGAGCUGGAGAAUAAUUGGUCUUUAUCUGAAAGUUGUCUUGGGAAUGUACUUCAGCUUAGUUUAUUGACUGAAAUGGAUAGAGCAUAUGGGAAUUAUAUGCAAUUUUACAGUCCACCACAUUUACACCACCUUGGUGAACAAUUUCCCCGUUUUCAUGCUUUCAUGCGUCAAGUUGAAAAAAGGAAAGAAUCUGGUCGUCAAAGUUUGACAGCUUUACUAGUUCGUCCAGUCCAACGACUUCCUUCGAUCUCACUUUUAAUGGAUGGCAUUGCCAAAUUCACACCUCAAUCACAUCCAGAUUACAACUCAGUUAAAGAGUUUGCUAAAGGAAUUAACGAGCUAUUGGCUAAAAUAAAUGAUCGGUUAAGGAAAAAUGAAGAACGCCUAUCUUUAUUAUCUUUAUAUCAUGAAAUUAGUGGUGCCCGGUAA